AUGGCGGCACAAGAUCAAGGCACGCCCAACGUGGCAUUCCAGAGCGAAGCCAAAUACCCCCACCAGACUACUGACUUCCGCGGGCCAGGUGUAUCAGCAGAGAACCCAGCGGGUGCCUUCCCACGAGAUCUUCGACAGCCUGAUCCGGAUCCGAUCGAAGCCCAUCGACCAAAGAGCACCAUCUUCGGCGCCAUCGAGAAUCCAUACGCCCUCCAAGAAGCACUCACCAAGCUCGAAUCCGGUCUGGACGAAGUCAUCAGCCUCUUCCAGGCCGAAAAGAACACUCUCGCCCGCGAGGGAGGCUUCACAAAGGGUAAAGAGGGAAUCGAGCUCUUCGAAUCGUGGAAGCAACAGCUGGAACGCAUCAAACGAGGCGAAGAAUGA